AUGGUCCGCCACCUAAGACGUCGCCAGCCUGGCCCACCUGAGGGUUAUGCACAUCGAUGGCUCGCCUCACCGACACCUCCCGGCGCAUUGCACCUCAUUUCUCGCCAGGACCACGCUGUCGCGGGGCACACGCGCCAGCCCCUCUCUGCCUUCAGCGUCGCUCCCGGCCUCGCCUUGUUCGACGCCGAGGAGAUCUCCAGUGCCUUCAUGUCCGGCUCCUGUCCAGAACACAGCCGACCACGAUCCCGUCCUACCUCUGCCGCUUGCCCCAGCUUCGUCUACUAUUCGCCAAGACGACCGGCCGAGCGCAGGCGCCGUGCCGACUCGGGAAACUUUCCCGCCCCGCUGAUCGGCCCCCGCCAACGCCGUCCACACUCUAUACACGUCAUCUCAUACCCACCCGGCUUUGUGCCGCACGAGUUGCGUCCAGACUCGCCACAACGGAUAACAAGGCGAGAGAGGCGCGAGAAGAAGGAGAAGCAAAAAAGAGAAGCGAAGGAGCGGAAGAAGCAAGAGAAGGAACGACGAAGAGCGGAAAAAGAGCGUAGCGAGAAACAGGAAAAGAGACGGUCUCUACGGUCCCUUCCGCCGGGCAGGGAGAGAGUCGGCAGAGUGCUCGAUAAGAUCUUAGCAGCUCUUCCGAUCACACUGAAGCCGUCGCCCUCGGUCUCUGCGACCCCGGCUGCGAGGUCUCGCCCAUCGAGUUUCUCCAGUUUUGCCAGGAGACUAUCUCGGCUUGAGCCGACUGCGCCUGAACUGAUCUCCGUCGACGAGCCAGCUACCGAGCCAAUUGCUGCGGCAGUUGCCGAGCCGUCCACCAUGGCCGCCGCCAGCGUUGUCCGAUCCGCGACCAUGGGCACUGUUCCCCAACAGAACCGGAAUAGCAUAAUGUCGAUGCGGUCAGCGAAGACGAUGAUGAGCUCGUCCGUCUCAGAAGUCCAAAAGCCCGUGGCGUCAGGCAGCGGCCUGACCUGCUCCAUCCUGCUGGCGGAACCCAACAUUUUCCUCACCGGAUUUGACCACGACCACCAGACACGACGCGGAGGGCAGAGCACGAGCGCCUUGCUCCGAGGGAAACUGCAGCUGAACGUGUCUAAGAACGUCAAAAUCAAGUCCGUGACGCUGCGGCUGGUCGGAAAGGCAAGGACAGAGUGGCCCGAGGGCAUCCCGCCGCAGAAGACGGAGUACUUCGAGGAGCAAACGCUGCGCACGCAGUCGCUCAUCUUCUUCCAUGCCAUGCAGGAAGGAAUGUGGGACACCGAGUACGGCAGCCAGUGCACCUACACCCACAAGGGCGGCGGUCUCAUAGGCGCUCUGCAGCCCACGUCGUCCAGCGCAUCUAUACACCUUCUCGGAAAGGGCCGCAGCCACACGCUGACGGCCAAGGAGCUCAAGCGUCUCUCUCUGCAGUCCGUGAACUCGCGCAGCUUUGGCAAGGGCGAGAAUCCCCAUGUCAACUCGGUCCAAGCCAAAGGAUACAAGAUCUUCCGGCCCGGCACCUACGAGUAUGCCUUCGAGCUGCCCAUCGACCACCACCAGCUCGAGACCGCGAAGCUACAGUACGGAUCGGUGCGCUGGGAUCUCGAGACGACGGUGGAGCGUGCCGGCGCCUUCAAGCCCAACCUCCAUGGCAGGAAAGAGGUCAUGAUUGUCCGUGUGCCGGACCAGAUGUCGCUGGAGACGGUCGAGCCAAUUUCGAUCAGCCGGCACUGGGAAGACCAGCUGCACUACGACAUUGUCAUCUCGGGAAAGAGCUUCCCGAUCGGAGGGAAAAUACCCAUCGCCUUCAAGCUCACGCCGCUCGCGAAGGUGCAGGUGCACAAGCUCAAAGUCUUCGUGACCGAGAGCAUCGAGUACUGGACCAACAACCGCCACGUGACGCGCAAAGACCCUGGACGCAAGCUUCUCUUGCUCGAGAAGACGGCGGGCAAGCCGCUGGAUAAGCAGUUCGCCGCGAGCGAGGUGCGCGUCCUCUGCGGUGGAGAACUGGACCCGGAGCGGCGCGAGGAGGCCAGGCGAACGGCAGCGCGCCGAAGGAUGCGAGAGGCUGCCAGAACCCGUGGGGUUCCCGAGCCGUUGCCGGAGCCCAGCGAUAACAUUCUGGGCGACUUGGAUUUGGGUCUCGAGAGCUUUUGGGGCAGCACCGAGAUGGAGAUGAACGUGCAGCUUCCCACCUGCGAGACGAUGGCCCGUGACAAGACGGUCCGGCUACACCCAGAUUGCAGCUGGAAGAACGUGAAUGUGUACCAUUGGAUCAAGAUUGUCAUGCGCAUUUCGCGUGCCGACCCCGAGGACCCCACUGGCAAGCGUCGGCGGCAUUUCGAGAUCAGCAUCGACAGCCCGUUCACUGUUCUCAACUGCCGUGCUACGCAGGCGAAUACGGCAUUGCCGCAGUACCGCGGCAGCGAUGGACCGAUCCCCGAGCAGCGGCAGCAGAUGUCGUGCGGGUGUCCCGACGCCCAACCCCUCGACCCGAGCUCUGCCGGCGCGGGCGGAACGUUAGCCAUGAUCGAGGAAGACCUCAUCGGCCUCAGCGGCCGCCGGCUUCGUCUUGAUUGCCCUACACAGCCAGGACUACCCAGCCUGCCCCAGGCUGCCCAUCUUCAGCCUGAUGCGAGGAGCCAGAGCACCCCCUCGUACCGGGCUCGGCCAGAGACAUCGCUUACUCCGGUCGAACCGGAACGACCAAUCCACCUGAUUCGACACCCCUCACACAACCCCCCGGCGUUCAACGACGACGAGCCGCCGCCGCCAUUGCUAACACCGCUCCAAACGCCGCCGCCGAACUACGACCUCAUCGUCGGCACACCGAGCGUGGACGGACUGGCGGAUUACUUUGCCCGGCUGCAAGAAUACGAGAGCACGCACAUGUCAGGGGCAAGAGACGGCGACGGGGCCGGAAACGACGCCCAAGUAAUUCCCGACGCGCCGGACAACGACAACGACAGCGACAACGACAGCGACACCAACACCAUCGGCCCAGACACAACUGCGACCCCGCCGGCCGCGGUGCAGGGGCCGGGGCAGGGUACCACGGCAGUAGCAUCCCUAGACGUAGACCCGUUCAACAACCUCAAUCUCAACCUCGCCCAGCAGCAGCAACAGCAACAACAACAACAACAGCAGCAGCAGCAGCAGCAGGAGCCAUCCGUCGCAGCAGAGGAAGAACGAGCCGCCGUGACAGACGAGGAUGACGACGCCUCGUCCGCGUCAGACAGCGCAGAGGACGACGACGAGGACGACGACGCCGAGGCGAGAGCGCACCGCAAGGGCCGCGUCAACGUGGCGAACCCGCGCACUCCCGGCGGCCGGCUGGUGCCGAGCAGGAGCUUGGAGAUUGAGCGGCCGGCUGUGAGGCUCGAUAUGAGUGAGGUUUUGAGGCGGCGGCAUGCAGCUUAGACUUAGGCUUAGGCUUCGGCUUAGGUUUAAAGUCGGCAUCCGAGGAGAUGAGGCACUGUUCGUGAUCUGUAUAUGGCCGGCACCAACUGGACAACCUUAGGCAAAGGAGGUCAAGCCAUGGCUGGCCAGGGGUUGGUAAAAAAGGGUACUUGUUGCAGGGGCAGUUGAUG